AUGCGCUCGGCUACUUCAUGCAAUGAGACAGUGACUGCCAGGAAAGACAACACGGGCAGCAGCAAAGUGGCUGCUGCGACACGGCGCUGCAGCAGCAGCAAAGCCCAGCAGCAGAAAAGUACUCCAGCAGCAGCAAAGUACUCCAGCAGCAGCAAGAGCAGCUGGGGGCUAAAAGGGCUGCAGCACUCGAGUUCCCGCGGCAGUCGCAAGAGAGCAGCAGAGACCUUAGCAGCAGCGGUACCAACAGCAGCAGCAGCAGCACACAUUGCAGCAUCAGCAGCAGCACCUGUGGCAGCAGCAGCAUCAGCAGCUGCUGCUACUGCAGCAGAGAAGCAGCAGUACAGCCGGGGGCAGCAGCGAGCGCAACACCGGGCUACCGGCUCAAGCUGCCCUCCACAACGGAAAGACACUCCUGGAUAUGGCCACACUGCAGCAGCAGCAGCAGCAGCAGCAGCUGUGACGGCAGACUGA